AUGGACGAUACCCAGAAAUACCUCUCCGAUCGGCUCUUGAGUGAAGAGGUGCCGGUGACAUAUCGUCUGCUAAGCAGAGCGCUCAACCUUCGGGUGAAUGUUGCUAAACAGAAGCUAUAUGAAUUUUAUGAGAGUCAGAAUGCUUCUAAAGCAAAUUCGAUUCAUGCUACCUACCUGAUCUAUGGGUCCAAAACGGAAGACCGAGAGCCAGAGAAUGGCGAUGCUGAGAUGGACAACUCAGCACCUGAACCAGAACUCCUCUCUGACUAUGCACCCGCCAAAACGGUUACCAUAGUAGCGGAAGACGGCCUAAAAGAUGCAUUGGCCGAAUAUGAAGAAGUCACGUCUCUGCAUAUUUAUAGCCUAGCUCCAUUCCCUCAAAGAGACCUGGCACUGCUCUCUGACGUCUCAAAGUCGCUGUCUGAGUAUAGAAAGGUUGAGGAUGCUGCGAAAAUGCUGGAUACCUACGGAUUAAUCGCGAAUCCCAAAGCCCGCAAGAAGGACCGGAAGGGUCGUCCACCAGUUUCGGUCCCGGCCCCAGCCCCGAGUGCACAUAAAGCUGUCAAACAGGAGACACAAUCGGCUACGCCAAAACCUAGUCAAGCGGAGAAAGUCAAGCAAGAGACUAAAGAAGCCACAUCUGCUGAUACUACUCCAACAUCGAGUGCUGGAAAGAAACCUCCCCCAUCGUUAAAGAGGGGUUCUUCUGGAGGUAUCAUGCAGUCCUUUGCUAGGGCAGCAGCGAAACCACCCAAGCCUAAGCCGGAACCCAAGCCAAAGGAAGAAGAUACCAGUAUGGCCCUAUCUGAUGAUGGUGAAGCUGACGAAGAGGAUUUACCCGAUUCCAAGUCAAUAGACUUGGAGGCACUGAAACGAACAAGAAAGGAACGUGAAGAGCAGCUUCUGCGUAUGAUGGAGGAUCCUGAAGAUGAAGCAGACGAAAAGGAAGAGCCCAAAAACGAAGAUGAGAAUGAGAAAUCAGAUGAGGAAAUGGAAGAGGCCUCUGAGCCCGAGCCCGAACCCGAACCUGAACCCGAACAGCCUAAGGAGGAUAAAGAACCUGCAGAGGUGAUAUCAAAUUCUAGCAAUGGCCGCCGAAGAGGCAAGCGGCGAGUCAUGAAAAAGAAGCGCAUAUUGGAUGAUCAGGGAUAUAUGGUAACUAUUCAGGAGGCUGCAUGGGAGUCUUUCUCUGAAGAUGAAGUUCCCCCACCAGCCACGAAGCCGACACCCACGGCAACACCCGCUUCAUCAGCACAGAAAUCAAAAAAGGCAGCACCCGCUACAAAGAGUGGGAGUCAAGGCAACAUCAUGUCAUUUUUCUCAAAGAAGUGA